UGCCGUGGCUCCUCACUCUGUUCACUUCCCUGCCCUGCUGGGACUCUGUCCUGGCUGUCUGGGACCUCAUCAUCCUGCACGGCCUGUCGGCUGUGUUUCGUACUGCUCUGACCAUCAUGGAGCUGCUGGAGCCUCGACUGAUGGACCUGAAUGAUGAAGGAGCCGUUUUACCGCUGCUGCUGAGAGUCCCUGUGGAUGUGGCUCAGUACACGGUGCUGGUUCCUGCUCUGUGGAACGCCGACGUCCAGGACUGGGAGCUCAGAUGUAUGAACAGCCUGGUGCUGGACGAGAGCCACCACGCCGCUAAAACAGAGCCGUGUGAAACGCCGAAGGAAACAGAGUCCGGCUCGGGAAAUGAAAAAGAGAAUGAAUCGGCACCGCCUGAAGCAGAGAAGACCUCAGUGAAGGACCCGGUUCCCGGUCCCGUCAGCGUCCUGACCCGGGUGAUGCGUCUGGCCCAGCGCUACCUGUUGGACCCGAUGAGCCGACAGAAGAGUUCUCAGACACCAGCCAGAACCCGACACCAGAGUCCUGCAGGAGGUCGAGCGUCCAGGAGUCGGACUUCGGCUUCGUUACCCAAAACUCAGGUCAGGUCGAGGAGGCGGAGCCAGCAGCGAGGCGGCGCCCUCCAGCCAAUGGGGCAGCAGGCCGGCGGUGAUGUCACAGCGAGGGACGCGGCUGGUUGUGGAAAAACCGAAAGAUCAGAACAAACCCUCCAGCGGUCGGGUACGGGACCGGCCCAUCGCCGUAGCAACCACAGCAUCGUCCAGCACGUCCGGGCCAAAUCCCUCCGUCUUCUACGGAACCACAAGAACCCUCCGAGCCAGACGCCUCCAUCCUCCUCCGUCCUGCCUCCAUCCCUCCGGGCCUCCACCCUGAACCCUCCUGGUCCGGAGCAGCAGGCCUCGCCCAGGAUGGCUCUCAUCAGGGAGCUGUCCUCCAGACAUCAGACCAGCGUCCUGUUCAGAAACACCCGAGAGUCGAAGCUGAUCUGAAGAAAGACGUCGGAGCAAGUGACGGAUAAAAACACUGAACGUUUCCCUGAAAUGUGAAGCUGUUUGUUUUCUGCAGGUGGUUCGAAGCUGCUGCAGCUCAUCUGAGGUUAACCUGCUUUCUAGAUUACGCUGAGCUGGAAAUCCACAUUUCUGACAUGAAGCAGCUCAUUGUUCAGGUCGUUUACUGGACGUACGCUUUUCUCUCUGCUGACCUGUAGAAGCUCAACGCUGACUCUUUUUUAUUGUCUCUGAUGGUUAAACUAAUAAAAUCUUGAUGUUUUUAACGAUGA